AUGGAGGUGUAUGUGGAUGACAUGGUAAUUAAAUCCCUCGCAUUGGAGCAACAUCUCGCCUAUUUGGAGGAGGUAUUCGGGGAAGCCAGGAAGCACGGUAUGAGGUUCAACCUCGAGAAGUGCACAUUUGGCGUAGCUGGGGGGAGUGGAGCAGGAGUUAUAUUGGAAGGACAGAACACCGUCAUUAUCGAACAAUCUAUUCGUUUCGGAUUCAAGGCAUCCAAUAAUCAAGCCGAGUAUGAAGCCUUACUUGCCGGUCUCAGAUUAGCGAAUGAGAUGGGAAUUAAACGCAUUACUGGCUGGAGUGACUCAAAAAUUGUGACCGAACGGGUUAAUGAUAUAUACCAGGUUAAGGACUCGGUUAUGCUCCAAUAUUAUCAAGAAUUUAAAAAAAUAAAAGUUGAAUUUGAUGAAAUAUGUAUCCGACAUGUACCAAGAAACAUGAACGAACGAGCCGAUAGGCUUGCUAGGCUGGCUAGUCAAAGGAAACCUGGGCAAUUACAAAGCGUGAUUCAUCAAGAAAUCCUCCAACCUAGUAUCACCAUACAAGAGUGCAUGGACAUAGAAAAUGUGCCUCAUAAUUGGAUGACCCCCAUUAUCCAAUACCUUACUAAUGGCAGUCUGCUAAAUAAUUCAGACUCAGCCAAGAAAAUAAGAAUGCAUGCAGCUAAAUACCUCCUCCUCGGCAAAGACUUGUACAAAAGAGGGAUUUCAACACCUAUGCUUAAAUGCCUCGAUGACAACCAGGCAAACUAUGUCAUGAGGAAGAUUCACGAAGGAAUCUAUGGUACCCAUUCGGGUGGACGAACCAUGGCGGCAAAAAUACUUAAAGCUGGGUACUAUUGGCCAACACUCUCCCAAGAUUGCCAUAUGUUUGUAAAGAAAUGUAUCCCCUAUCAACAACACGGUCCACAAUUACAUCAGCAUGCCGACACCCUCCGCCCUAUUAGCUUUCCUUGGCCCUUUGCCAUUUGGGGUAUGGACCUCCUCGGUCCUUUCCCCCUAGCAAAAGAGCAUUGUAAAUUCCUAAUUGUCGCUGUGGAUUAUUUUACCAAAUGGAUUGAAGCCGAACCCCUUGCCACUAUCACGUCCAAUAAUGUACAGAAAUUUACCUGGAAAAACAUCUUCACACGUUUUAGUCUCCCUCAUGCAUUAAUAACAGACAACGGAUUGCAGUUUACAGAUCGGCGAUUCAAUGAAUUUCUGGAAGGGCUUCAUAUCAAGCACAUGGUUACGUCUGUGGAGCACCCUCAGACUAAUGGUCAAGCUGAGGCUGCCAACAAAGUAAUUUUGCAUGAAUUAAAAAGAAGAUUGGGUUCGGCAAAAGGAGAAUGGGCAGAGAAGCUGCCCGAGGUGCUAUGGGCUUAUCGGUGCAUGCUGUAA